UGUAUUUGAAUCAAACCAUCUUGGAGACGUUUCACGAAAAACUGUGGAUUACGAAAACACUUGAGUUGACAGACUGCAAGUCUGACCCCAUAGGAAUUUAGGCUUCAUGGAUCCAGAUAUGAAUCCAAAAUAUUACAGCUUGAAGAUUUAUUUGGAGAGAUUUAAAGAAAACCAAAUCAUUGCUGCGAAAAAAUUCACCUAGAAAAAUGCGAAAGACUGAGGUUUUUCGUAUUUUGAUAUUUUUCGUUCACGCCCUAGUUCGCUCAUUUGAAGUCAUAUACUAAUGGAUAGAGCUUGACUUAGUCUACGAAAUGGUAUAUCUGAUAUUUGGCAUAGGUCUAAAAUAGUAUUCGGGAUAUGAAAAUAUUGAAGCUCAAAGUGUCAUUCAUAGAUUGGAGCUAGUGAAGCGACUAUCGAAUACUGUCAUUCGCGUAUUUGUUUUAAAAGUGCUAUAUUCGGAAUCAGCGCAAAAAGAUUGAACUAGAAAUGGUGUGUUUCAGAUGGCUUUCGAAUCUUUUGUUUUUGAUCAAAUUUUUCAUGGAUUACCCCUCAGGUACUUUUUCAAGAGAAAUGAAUUGUUUCCAAAAUCAGUUUUAGCGAUGCAAAACGCAUUCAGAUAUUUUGAAAUACUAUUUUAAAGGUAAACUAGCAAGAAAAAGUGAAUAAAAUACUACUUUUGAACGAAUUAGUUUUCCUUGAAAAAGUACCUGAGGGGUACUCCAUGAAAAAUUUGAUCAAAAACAAAAGAUUCGAAAGCCACCUGAAACACACCAUAUCUAGUUCAAUCUUUUUGCGCUGAUUCCGAAUAUAGCACUUUUAAAACAAAUACGCGAAUGACAGUAUUCGAUAGUCGCUUCUCUCAUUCGUCGUAUCACACAACUUACCAAGAGUCGCACUGAUCUCGAGGGUGAUUCACUUAUUCUUUCGCUAUUAUUACUCGUACAUAUUAAAGGAGAAUUCUGCUUAAUCUGAUGACCGAUUCUCCAGUCAUGUCGAUCAGUGAGUAGGUAACCAAUCCUGACUCAAAAAAUAAUCCAUCAACAGCACAAACUAAGCAAUUACAAUUAGCAAAAAGCAGCUCUAAACGGCCGAAAGCGGCUUCGGGUGAUGAUUCAUUCGAACGUGAACAUAGACUGGCUUAUUCAACAAACCAAUAUUUCGACCGAGGUGACUCACGAUCAAUUGCAAAUGAAAAUCAAAUUGGUACAGUAAAUGGGAUUGUAAAUUCUCUCCUUAAUGAAGCAAGCUGUUAUGGUCGAUAUGUUCCUACGACAAAGAAAUCAACGUUUCUUGUUUUCGCCAACUCCGGUCAACAGUUUGAUUAUCUUAUGAAUCGAAACGUCUGGCCGGAAACGCUGUGCAAAUUAGGUAUUCAACAAUCCCGAUACGAUUCGAUUCCGAUUAUAGAAUCGGUCGAAAUCGAUCGGAAUUGGAACCGAAUGGAAUCGAAUGGGAUUGCCGAAUUACCCACAAAAGUUCCCGCAUCGUAUUCGAUUAUUGCACUCGGUAUACCAACUCGAUGGGAUAUUUCUGACUUCAAAAUCAACCUUAGGAAACAAUAUCCUUCGAUCGUUAAAAUCGAACGGUUAUAUGUUCGAAAUGGUAUACCAAUGCCGAAGGUUCGCAUCGAAUUCUCAUCGAAUGAAGAUACUCAACAGAUUUUAAAGAGCAAGAAGCUGCUCCUCGACGACCCAGGUCAACAAAUCCGAUGCUGGAUCCGAUCGGAUCUUACCGGAUCCGACCAUCUGACAAAAUCCGAUCGGAUUCCUGGAAACGGAAUUGCAUUGGAAUCCGACUAG